AUGGGUCAGGCCUCCGUCCAAAAUAAUGUCUCCAUGUGGACAACGCUCUCCCAAUGCUACGACGAAAUCGCAAAGACCUUCGCCCUCCAAGAUCCAGAGUCCAUCAUCACCGACCCUUCCAGCAUCUCCGCGGUCGUGCACGCAACCUUCGACCACGACGCCCACGGCCUGGUCGAGCAAAACUCCUCCACGAUGCUGCACGGCAUCGACGACCUCACAAAGGCACACAUGCUCGCCCAAGCCAUCGCGGGCAUGGUCGCCUUCUUCCGCAAGCUUGCCGCUCACCACGAGCACAACCCCGUCGACCGGGCCUCUUUCGACCGGGACGUCCAGCGCUUUGCGGACUGCGAGCUGCGCUCCGCCAUGAUUCGCAAGAUCGAGGAGAGCCGCAUCUUUGGCCGUUGCUACACCAAAACCCAGAUUGCAGAUCUCAUCAUGGACGCCGUAGAGGGCAAGGUCAACGACGCCGAGUUCACGUCGGAGGAUGAGUACCAGAACGCCAUCGGCUGGGCGACGGAGCUGCCCUCGAGAAACAUGGGAUUGCCGUGGGGAUUCACCAUCAUGGCUUUGAACUGA